AUGCAUGGCAGGGGCGGAAGUGAUGUACCACCACUCGUGCAGAGCGCUAUGCACUGCCACGGGACCACCCUUCCCCCGAGCUGGUUAUGGACAGGCAGAAGCAGCUGUUGUAAAGAGAAUCCUGGGAACUUGGAUAGGGAAGAACUAACAGAACUGGAAAGAUCAAUGGUGAAUAUUAUCCAGGUCUUCCAUUCUUAUUCUGGAGAAGAUUGUAAACUGAAGAAAAAAGAUCUGAAAAAGUUAAUUAACUCCCAGAUGUCCUCAUUUGUUAAGCAAGUUCAAGAUACAAAGACACUGGAUGUCAUUUUCUCAGAUUUGGAUGCAAACCAUGACCGGGAGAUAGAUUUCAGUGAAUUUGCAGCACUGGUUGCUAUGGUUACCUCGGCCUGCCACGUCUCCUUCCAUGAAACGCAAUGACUUCACAGAGUCCUGGAG